AUGUUGAGAUACUCCAGUAAUCAGAUUAUAAAGUGUACAUACCCACACUUGAGACUAUCAACAACAGGUGUGCUAAGAUCUACAUUACUCGUCAAGAGCAGUAGCUCUACAACAGUUCCACAAAGAUCAUACUUCAAUAGUACUAAGCCAUCAAAUGCAUUGUUUGAUGUAUUCUCAAAACUAAAGAAUGUUUUCACUGGACCAGAGAAAGAAGACCCAAAAGCAAAAUCAACAACUAAAGAUGCUCCAAAGGAACAAAAGGCACCAGAGAAAGUAGACCCAGAAACAGAAAAGAUUUUACAAGCAAGAGCUGCCAACGAUGAUGCUGAAUUCAACAAGAUGCUUGAGAUUGGUAGAUACAAUUUAAAUGAUUUCAGAACCUAUCUUCACAAAACCAUCGAACCUUCAAUUACAGCUGGUAAAGCCAACGAACAAGUUGCAGAAUUCCAAAUUUAUAUUAAAAUUAUUGAUGCAAUGACCAAUGAAGAGAGAGAAAAUCCAAGAGUAUUCCAGAAAUAUGCAUUCAAGAUCAAACAAAGAAUUAAUCAAGAAGCAGGUACUACACCACAACAAUUUUCAGCUAUGUUCGAUACAUACAAUAAUGCCAGACAGAUAUUCGAAAUUCUAGCUCGAUUCAAAUCACAAGGAAAAGAAAUCCCCAAGAAAUCUAGCGAAAUUCAAAAGUUCUUCAAAGAUAACAAAGAUGUCAUUAGAAAAGAGAUUGAUAAGAUGAGAAAGGAAAGAAGAUUCGAUUAA